AUGGAUCUGCAGAAAGCAUAUGAUAUUCUUGAACGACAAGCCUUGGAAGAUAUUAUGAAAGAGAUGAGCUUCCCUAACCGUUUUAUCAAGUGGACUAUGAUAUGCAUCAUUAGUGUCUCAUACAAAUAUACCAUCAAUGGACAUCAUAGAGGCCUGAGGCAAGGUGGUCCAAUAUCACCUUUGCUCUUUGUGCUAGUGAUGGAGUAUAUGCAUAAAUGUGAUGAUAGAUUUGUGGCUCUCGUGAUGGAAGCUUUUCACAAUUUUUCUGCAUCAAUAGAACUUAGGGAAAACCCAACAAAAUGCAAAUUUUACACUGUUGGUUUGGAUGAUAAUGGAAAGCAAGGAAUGUUGCAGAUCACGGGAUAUCAGAGUGGAGAACUGCCAUUCAAAUAUCUUGGAGUUCCAUUAUCCAGCAAAGAGUGGAACAAAGCAACAAUUGGAAAGCUUUUGUGGAAUUUACAAUCCAAAGCAAACAAACUCUGGGUCAAGUGGGUUAGUACAUACUACCUUAAAGAUGAAAAUGUCAUGGAUUGGCAGUCAAACACCACUGCAUCAUGGCUUUUGAAAACCCUUGUUUCUAGUAGGGAUGAUGUGAGUCAGUUGCGUUAUUGGCAAGAGAUUAUUCAGACAGGUAAAUACAAGACGGCUAAAAUGGGGACUGGCCCAAUAUGGGAAAUAUUUUGCUUUGGAUCGUCUAUGAUAGGAAUCCGCAAGCUUGGAAUGAAGAUAGCAAAUGGUUUAUAG